AUGCUCUCCCUCCGCAGCAUCUCCCUCGCGGCUAUCCUGGCCUGCACCUCUCUGGCUGGCACGGCCCGGGCAGGCUGCAUUCCCUCGCUGUCAUGCGCCUUGGGCAACCAGGCGUGCGACGCCGUGUGCGUGCGCCAGGGCAACCCCAACGGCGGCCACUGCGUGGCGCGCGACGGAUGCCCCGGCAUGAAGCUGUGCGCGUGCUUCAACAGCCCGCAGAAGCGGAGCGACGACGAAGGAGUCAUUGACGGCGACGCGCACUUCAACGAGAUCCUGGAGCGCCUCGGAAAGAGGGAGGAGGCAGCCCGCAAGGAGGGCAGGAGCAUCUCCUGCAGCAUCCCGACCUUCGGCCCGCUGCUGUGCGAGGACCAUUGCGCCAAGAUUGGCAGGCCUGGCGGCGAGUGCUCGCCUGAGACGGGCGUUUGCACUUGCAACUGA